AUGCACGGUUCUAGAACCAUAUUAAAAUUGUGUCUUGCAAUUUUGGUAUUUUCUGAAUCAAAAUCUAUAGAUUUAAAGUUAAGUAAUGAUUUAUACAAAUAUGGUCCCUAUGAUUUAGUGUGCCGUAGCUACGAAGUCUGUAUUGAUGCAAAAGUAACGAACCUUAUAUCUUACUCUACGAAACUUUUAAAGGAAGGUAACAAUUACGUUGCUUGGUUGAAUUGCACGUUUUUUGCACAAACACGAAUUGAUGAGAUAAAAAUCAAAGUUUACACGACAACGGAUAACCGUACUAGAUUGUUAAUGAACUACGAACUGAACAAUCCGUGUCAACAUUACGCUGUUGCCAGUAUUAUUGAAAAUUAUUUGAACGCUAAAAAUUGUAUUAUAAAGCAGGGCCCUUAUGAUUUAGUGUUCAGCAGAUACGAAAAUUGUAUUAAUCCAAAAGUAACGAACAUUACAUCUUGCUCUAUAAAACUUAUGAACGAAGUCAACAAUUACGUUGCUUAUGUGGAUUGCACGUUUUUCGCAUUAGCCCGAAUUGAUGAGAUAAAAGUAAAAGUUUACAAUGUGAAGGAUAACCGUACUAGAUUGUUAUGGAGCUACAAACAGAAUAAUCCGGGUCAACAUUACGCUGUAGCCGAUCUUAUUAAAAAAAUUAAACGCUGA